AGGCCCCGUGACCUUUGACCCUUAACAGCCAUGCAGCGUGGUGAACACUGGGCAGGGCUGCUGUUUGAUUAAAUAAUCUGAGUUCUUCAGCCAGUUAAGAGACUUAACUCCUUUUAAUUUGUGUUGAAUUAUCUCAACGGAUUUCCUGAAGGCCAAAAAGGGUCAGCCAACCUGCAGGGAAAAGGUGACUUUGGACUUUUAAGUAUCCUCGAAGGGACUAUUCUAUCUGACACCAUGAAACGGCGACAAAAGAGGAAACAUCUGGAAAUUGAAGAGUCAAAGGAAGCUGGAAUUUCAAAGUCACAAGAGGAUAUCGCUCAGCCUGAAUCCACUGGAGUGGCCAAAGCCCAGAGCCCAGGGGUAGGGGAGGUCUCCUCUGCCUCCGAAUACUUCUCCUGUGUUUCUUCUCCACACAAGUUCAUCCAUCGUAGUAAGGGAACCCGGAAAUUGCUACAAGACAGUUCCAAGCCUAGAUCAUCACUAGACCAGGUCCCAGAAGGAAAGGCGACUACUGCCCCCUCACAACAGGCCUCCUCGUCCUGUCCAUCGUAUAAGACUUGUGUGUCCUCUCUGUGUAUAAACAAGGAGGAGAGGGGGAUGAAAAUAUACUACAUGCAGGUACAAAUGAAAAAAGGUGUGGCCAUCUCCUGGGACACAAAGGAAACCUCAGAGUCCCUAGAAAAGCAGCCAAGGAUGGAAGAAGCUACCCUUCCUGAGGGUGUAUGGGUAGGUACUCCACCCUCUGAAGUGUCCACCAGAAACCUCCUGUCGGACAGUGAACCCAUUGGGGAAGAGAAAGAACAUGAGGAAAAACCAGAGUCAGACAGCCCACCAGGGUCUCCCAUGGUUGAAGAGAGACCCAGGGCCAAGACACCUGACUGGCUGGUGACCAUGGAGAAUGGCUUCAGGUGCAUGGCCUGCUGCAGGGUCUUCGCCACCAUGGAGAGUCUCCAAGAGCACGUGCAGUAUGGGAUCAGGGAAGGCUUCAGCUGCCAUGUGUUCCAUCUCACCAUGGCUCAGCUGAUUGGCAAUGUGGAAUCAGAGAGCACCCAGGAGGAGGAAGAGGAUCACAAUGAGGAAAAAGAAAAACCCGUGGAAAAGAAGGCCGAGGAACAGCAGCCCACAGAGGAAGAUGUUGGUGUGAAGAAACCUUGGAGCCAAUGUCCAGGCUGUGUGUUUGAUUCUCCAAAGGACAGAACCACUGAGAUUCCUGAGUCAGAAGAACCUGCAAGAUGGGGUGGCCCUUUCUUGGGAGAGGAAGAAGAAAGGACCAUCGAGACAACAGUGGCAGCAGACAGAAUGCCAGUAGUGUAAAGGAAGAGGAAAAGAACAACACUCCGUCGAACACAUAAACAUCCUAUGCAAUAAAGCUUGUUUUCCAAACUG